AGCUCGCCGGAAGCCAUCCAAGAAUCACCGGCGGCCGGGCGCCAUGAAGCCGUCCUCGUCCCCGCGCGCCACCGGCACCCGCCCCGUCGAUCCCACCGCCCACUGCUCCUCGCCGGAGCCAAGGCUGUCCUAUACUGCCGCCGCCACCCCCUCGGGCGCCAGCGACGACUCGUGCAUCGUCAACGACGUCGACGCCUUUGCGCGCACCAUCUCCGCCAUCCGGUCCAAGCCCGCGGCCGCCUCCGGAAACCUCGCCUCCGUGCUGUCGCACUACGCGGCCAGGUGGCUCCCGGACACCGGGUCCUCCCCCUCCGGCCGCUUCCUGCUGCCCCCAGAGAGCCCCACCGCCACAUGGCUCAAGAAGCGCCUCCUCCUCGAGUCCCUCGUCGCGGCGCUCCCGCCCGACGACGCCGCCCCGGACGCCGACGAUGACAUCACGUGCGACUUCCUUCUCCGGCUGCUCCGCGCGGGGAGCAUGGUGGGCGCGGACGCCGCGCUGCUCGGGGACCUCGAGUCCCGCGCGGCGCGGAGGCUGGACCGAGCGUCCCUCGGCGCCGUGAUGAUCCCGGCGUUCGGGCUCGCGCCCGCGCCCCUGCUCGCCCCCUGCGCGUCGUCGACGCUGCUGGACGUGCCUCUCGUGCUCCGCCUCGUGCGGGGGUUCCAGCGGGAGGGCGCCAAGGCCGGGGGCGGCGGCGCAGCGGCCGCCAGGGUGGCGAGGCUGGUGGACGCGUACCUGGCGGAGGCGGCGCUCGAGCCGGGGCUACGGCCGGCGGAGUUCGAGGAGCUCGCGCGCACGGUGCCGGCGCACGCCCGCGCGGCCGACGACGGGCUGUACCGCGCCGUCGACACCUACCUCAAGGCACACCCGCUCGCGAGCAAGGAGGAGCGGCGGUCGCUGUGCCGGCUGAUCGACGCGCGCAAGCUGUCGGCGGAGGCGGCGGCGCACGCCGUGCAGAACGACCGCCUGCCGGUGCGGUGCUUGGUGCAGGUGCUCUUCUUGUCGGAGCACGGCAGCGGCGGCCAGCUCAACCACCGGCAGGCCGAGUGGAGCGGCGGCUCCUUCCGCGACCUGCAGAUCAGGAGCCCCGCCCUCGACCUCCCCUCCGCCACGGCCGCCGGGAGUGUACGGUGCCAGUCCAAGCGCGAGCUCGUCGCCCAGCACCACGAGCUGCGCCGCCUCCGCGAGGAUGUCGCCCGCCUCCAGGUGCAGUGCCACGCGCUGCAGGCGCAGGUGGACCGGCUGGGCUCGGAGAGCCGGCGGCGGCGAGGGCUGUUCAGGUGGGGCGCGUUCCUGUUCGGAGGCGGCGCGGACGUGGUUAGGGUCGACGAGUCCGACAGCGGCGUGGAGAGGACGCCGCUGAGAGGGAGGAAGCAUGGCCGCCACGCACCGACGCCGGCGACGGGCACGCCGACGAUGGCAAGGUGGCGCAGGUCAUACUGAUUCUUGAGAGCAUCGUACCUAGCUAGCCAACGCCGACGUGCGGGUCUUUUUUUAAAAAAAAAGUGAAGUGUGCUAUAUUUGUUUUUUUUUCCCUUACACGCUGAUUGGUAACUUGUUUGUUUUUUCUUUGUGUUUGAGGUUUUUGUCAAGUAUCUAAUCUGUAUUCUUUUUUUUCCUUUUCAA